AUGGAGAUUCCGGUUGGAUUAGGAGGAGUUUGUGACUCCCCAAACCUAGUUUUUCUCGGACCUUUCCAAAACGUUUUCCACAACGUGCAAGCACUGCCGAGUAACACGACUGUCACCGAAAGCUUCGAUUUUUGUAGUUCAAAGUACAGUUUUUUGCAGAAUAAACACCCCUGGGAGAUGCGCCAAACGAACCGGCAAUCAUCCCGAAAAGAAAUAUGGUCAGGGACUGCUCGCAAUUCUGAUAUUGAAGUGAGGGAAGAUGACAGCGUUAGUUUUUCCAGAACAUUCGAAUCAGUGGCAAAUCGUAUCCAUUUUGCCAAAAGCUCAACAGGAAACAAAGACGGGUUUUCCUCUUUGAACGAAUCAGACAAUCCAAACGCGAAUGGAUACGGUUCGUGUCGCUCUGGACCGCAAGUCUCCAACACGGAACAACAGUGCUGUCAACCCACUGUGUCCCAUCACGGAAAUGAGUUAAAUCCUAACAAUGACGCCCGUGUGGCGAACAAUUGUUCCAGUUCUGCCUGCACCACAAUCUCAAAAACGGCGAGGGAGCUCUGCAACGCUGUCUCUGUGUCACUGGGAUUAACCAUGGACGCGAAUGAGAUGACUGAUCUGGGACCUAAUCACGCACCAUCCAGUGCAAAUGACCAAAGUCAAGAAAACUAUUUGUUUCAGGUGCCUCUAUUGAAAUGUUCUGGAGCUGGAGAAAACGUCUCCAUAACCGAUUACAAAUGCGCCAGUGAGCGCAAUGCCAGGCCACUACAAAGUGAUAAACAACUAGUUGAGAUGUUUCAACGUUCCCCUGCAAACAACCCUACAGAAGAAGUGGCGACCAUGCAGCACCUUAGCUCCGGACAUCCAUCCACAGAUGAACAGGAGUUUAGACUGAAUGAAAACAGGGAUGACCCGACUUCAAAAGAAACAGAUCAGGCGUCUUAUCAUUUUGACCAACUGUUGCCAGCACACUUGGCACACUUCAGUCAAACCGACUCAGACAGAAACUCGUCUCGUGUGUUCAACAAACUCCCAGCACAUGUCGGUGAAACUGGAGAGACUAUGGAGGACAAAUAUGCUGACUACUUACAACAACAGUACAGUGUCAAGAUCAAAUCUGAGGCCUUUAAUAGGCCUAAUGAACCUGCCGGAACGUCAUGGGGCUUUCAGUACAGGUAUAAUGACAAUGACAAUACACAAUAUGGACCGAGGCAGGGUAUGAAUCCAUACAGUGCGGGACCGGACACUGCGUUCAUCUGUAACCCUUAUGAAUAUGAGAGGGGUGGUGGUCUCGUGCGCAGAGAGCGGCCAACCCCUGAGCAGUGGUACCCGGGCGAGAUGCUAGGGAGGAUGCCCUAUCCCAACUCCCCAUGCCUAAAGAAUGAGGUUGGUGACAGUCUGGAUGUCUCUUACACAGAUGCCAGGUUUGAGGGUGGCAGGGACCACAUGUACCCUAUGGAGUUCUUCUUCCCGCCCCAGAGGACCUGUCUGAUCUGUGCAGAAGAGGCAUCCGGCUGCCACUAUGGAGCGCUCACCUGUGGCAGCUGCAAAGUGUUCUUCAAGAGAGCCGCAGAAGGGAAACAGAAAUACCUGUGUGCCAGCAGAAACGACUGUACCAUCGAUAAACUGAGAAGGAAGAACUGCCCAUCAUGUCGACUGAGGAGGUGUUUUGAAGCUGGGAUGACCCUCGGAGCACGUAAACUGAAGAAGCUUGGACAGCUGAAGAGCCCGGAGGAGGAUCUGCCCACCCAAGGCCCCACUGAUGCCAUCCAGUGCGUCUCUCCUCAAUCUGGCCUGAGCUUCCAUUCCCAGCUGGUGUUCCUUAACAUCUUGGAGUCCAUCGAGCCAGAGGUGGUAAAUGCGGGACACGACCAAGGCCAGCCGGACUCCGCUGCAGCACUGCUCACCAGCCUCAACGAACUCGGGGAGCGCCAACUUGUCAAAGUGGUCAAGUGGGCCAAAGGCUUGCCAGGUUUUCGGAAUCUGCAUGUGGAUGACCAGAUGACAGUCAUCCAGCAUUCAUGGAUGGGGGUGAUGGUGUUCGGCUUGGGAUGGAGGUCCUACAAGAAUGUCAACGGCAAAAUGCUCUAUUUCGCCCCGGACCUUGUUUUCAAUGACCAUCGGAUGCACAUCUCCAGCAUGUUCGAUCACUGCAUACGGAUGAGACACCUCUCCCAAGAGUUUGUCCUGCUGCAAGUCACUCAGGAAGAGUUCCUCUGCAUGAAGGCCCUGCUCCUCUUCAGCAUCAUUCCAGUGGACGGUCUUAAGAGUCAGAAGUACUUUGAUGAAUUGCGGCUGACCUACAUCAAUGAACUUGAUCGCGUCAUUAACUAUGGAAGGAAGUCUAACUGCUCUCAGAGGUUGUAUCAACUCACCCAUCUCAUGGAUUCCCUCCAACCGGUCGUGAGGAAACUCCAGCAGUUUACAUUUGAUCUGUUUGUCCAGGCCCAGUCUCUUCCCACCAAGGUCAACUUUCCAGAGAUGAUUGCAGAGAUAAUCUCAGUACAUUUGCCAAAGAUCCUGGCAGGCUUGGCCAAACCAAUCCUGUUCCACAAGUAGCAAGUAGCAGGAUUUGCCAUCAUACUGAGAACAUCUGAUCCAAGCUGCCUCUAUAUACUUCAGCCAAGGCUCUGUAGUGUUUCCCUUGUAAUGUUUUCUCCCUCUCCUUUUUUUUUAAAUAGCUCAAUGUACCAUUUUUGAAAUCAUUGCAUCAUUACAGUAGUUUAGCCGCUUAUCAGACAUAAUUGAGAUCAUUUUCUCAGAUGGGCUGCAAGGUUUUAGCAUUUAUUUCAAGCGUUGCAAGGUGUCACCUUGUUGACGGCCCAAUCUGUCCUGUAUUUCAAUCUGUCCUGUAUUUCAAGAAAAAUAAAUCACACAAGACUA